AUGUCUCACACGCCCACACCACCCACCCCACAGGGUAAUGCAGCUACACCAAAACCCACGUUAGCAGGUGUCAGAGUAAGGCAGAGAAAGGGCGCAGCAAAGGCAACCGCAAAGCUGGAUCCAGAAGGCUUCCGCGACUCGCUCCUCCUCCACCUCGCACUCGUCCCAGAGCCGCCUACCGUCUCUGCCCUCGUCGACAAGCUCCUCGCGGCAGGCGCCACCCUCGAGCUCCUUAAAUACUACGAGCAGCUCUUUGAGGUCCUCUUCAUUGGCGGUCUCCUCCAGCCGGGUGGAUCCUACCUCGACGACAAGCGGUCUCCCGUCUAUGUCCUCCAGCCCGCGUCCGAGCAUGACGCCCCUACCGAUGGAGGCGAGGUCUUCAACCCCGUCACGGGCAUGGUUGAGACCCUCAAGCGGGUAAUGCAGCGGUUCAAGUACCUGCAGAAACCUCUCGAGGAGAACUUCCUGCCCGACAUCCUCGGCUACCUUCCUAAAUGGGAACCCGCCCAACGCGCUAAAUUUGCCGAGGCCGUCGCGCUCCUCAUCGUCGAGGUCGGCAUCUCCCCCAAGUGUCUCUUGACGCUCACAAGGGAUCACGUCGUCAAGGACAAUGUAUCCCUCAACUUCCUUACCGCCUUCGCCAAGACCUACCUGUCCAAGCAAAACAUGGACCACCUCGGCCUCACGUUCCGCCGCUCCGGACUCAAGGAUAUCGCCUUGACAGUCCCGCACCAGACGCGAAGCAGGAAGCAGGUCGAGGACCACUUCAAGGCGGAGGGACUGCCGCAGGUCGCAGAGUGGUACACCAAGAUGGCGAUGAAUGAGAGCAAGGAGGAUUUGGUGCAGAACAUUGUGAGGAUGAUCAAUGACGAGGAGCCAGUCGACCAGAUCCUCGAACAGCUCCAAACUGGCCAGGCAGAAAAGCCAGUCCCAGACACCGACAUGGUCGACUGGAUCUGGCAAGCCCUGAUGAAAUCCUUUGACUGGUCAGCUCGCCCAGACCAGAUUGACGCAGCGAUGGUUCAGCACAUCACUACCUACGCACCCCUCCUCGAAGCAUUCGCCAACGGCGCCAAGGCCGAAGUGACCCUGAUCAACGCCGUCCAAGUCUACUGCUACACCGAUACCCGGCUGCUCAAGACCUUCCCGCACAUCCUCAAAGUCCUGUACAACAAGGACUGCGUGUCGGACCAGGCGAUCAUUUAUUGGCAUCAGAAGGGGGCGAAGCCGAAUGGGAAGCAGCAUUUCUUGAAAAUGACCGAGGCGAUGGUCAAGUUCCUCGAGGAGCAGGACUCGGACGAGGAGUAG